GGGUGGGACUGGCCUCAGGGAGACAGCAUCUUAUAAGGCAGCAGGAUCUGCUCUGAGAAGAGCAUUCAGCACUCUCCACCAUGAAGGGGACCCUGCUUCUGCUGGCCUUGCUGGUGACCAGGGAGCUGGGUUUCCAGAAAAACAAGACAAUAAUGCAUACCGUCAUUUCCCAAUUCAACCCGACAGCAGAGGAGAGGGCUGCUUUCGACAAAAUCCUGGAAUGCUACAAUGAGUUGGGAUUGAAAGGCAAAGCCAUGGAUGCAUCGCUUAUGGAAGCCAUCAACUUCAGCCCAGAAUGCAGGGAAUAUUAUACCAAAGAAAUAAUAGAAAAAUUCUAA